GUAGAAAAGCGGGAAACAGAGAAUUAGUUACGUCUUCUUCUCCGACGAGACGACUGCGAUUGAGUUUUUUUGAAGAUCUCAAAUUCAAAGAGACGAGCCUUCUUAAGUGGCCAAGGAUUCUGAAGAUAGUUCAUCAGCUGCGAACGAUUCCUCUGGCGAAGAGCCUUCUUCUUCAGCGGCCAUGGAUUCUGCAGAUGCGAACGUUACCUUUGAGUACACGUUAAGUUUAGAUGAUAUGGUUUUUGAAGCUUUAUCAACAAUAGAUGAUGAACAUGAUGGAACUGGUCGUGAUGUCGAUGGGAUUUUCAAAUUUAACAAUGACCGGUACGUGAUACCGGAUAAUUCUAGGGAGCGAUUGAGAGGCGAGGUUGAAAAACUAGUUGCUGAAAGAAAAAUAGAGAAGGUAGGAAACCGCUACAUGAUGAUGAUGCCCCAACGUGUUCCUGCUACUAGAGAAGAUUCCACAACGCCACAACGUGAUCCUCAGGCAGAAGCAGUAGCAAAACUAGUCGCAGAGACAGAACACUUAGAGUUCCAAGCAAAAGAGGCUCAAGAACUUGCAGAUAGAUACAGUUUGAUGCUAAAUUCCGAAUGCAUAAUCUUGGAGUUAGCCGUAGAAAUCCUUAACCGAUGUGCUAAUGGUCAAAUGAUUUUCCUCUGUACUUCUCUCGUACCAAGAGCACCAGAAGAAAAUCCUCAGAUGGACGCAGUAGCAAAAUUAAUCGCCGAGGCAGAACACUUGGAGUUCCAAGCAAAAGAGGCACAAGAACUUGCAGAUAAACACGCCCAGUUGCUAGAAUUAGAAAGCGAGAUAAUCUUGCAGUUAGCCGUAGAAAUCUUUAACCGAUGUGCUAAUGGUCAAAAGAUUUUCCUGCGGUAAAAGCGUUGAUCUUCUGGUCCGGUUCAAUGUGGAUGUAUUCGAUUACCGGUUCUUUCAUAGCUUUUUUGGCUUUUGAGUUUUAAAAAAAAAAGUGUUUAAAUUUCAUUUGUAACUGAUCGAUUUUGUCACUUCUGUGUAGAUUAGAGGUUAAACGAUUUUGAUUGUAAAGGCAACAAUGUAAUCUUUUUCUUUUUGUUGAUAAAAAGUUUGUGCA